AUGAGUCUCGUGGGGAUAUCGCAUUUCAAUGAAGAGAUAUUCCAAUUGGACGUUACUCUUCCAGAAAAUACUUUAAAAACACCUGAUAAUUCAAAGUUUCGAAUUAUUUCCUUCUACCAAUGCGAUGUGGAUGGUUUAUGUGCACAAUACGUCCUGCAGUUACAUUCCAAUUUUAAAAGUUUUGCUUCAUUACACUCAUUUCCAGUAUACGAAGAGAAUGAUAUUUACCAAUACAUACAUAAGACACUAUCGUUGCAUUUGAAAAGACCAGAUGUACAGGCCGAUGCAUUUAUGCGAGUGUUAUUGAUAGGGAUUCGUGGUUGGUCUAGCGAACUCUUGCGAGCUAUUAAAGUCCACUUUGAACAUCUAUUAGACCCACCUCUAAGGAAGUAUCUCAAAAUUGCCAUUCUAACAGUAAUAAGGCCAAUUGGGUUCUUUGGAAAGUUGCCUCAGGAAUGUAUUUUGUUUAAAGAAAGUGACGACGAACCUAUGUACCCAAGUAGUGGUAUUUACACAUGUGAAUCGGCAUCAGUGACCUCUCUGUUAUUAAAGGGCAUGACUUUUGUCUAUGAAAACGAACACGCAGCUGCAAUAUUUGCUGCUUCCAUUAGUAUUUUUAGCAAGAAUGUUCACUUUGGCAUUGGAGAGACGCUAUACUAUGGUAAAAUUGAGGAGUUUCAUAACCAAAUAAGCCAACUUAAUGGCGGACCUUAUGUAUCCUAUGAUAUCGAUAAGGCGAUUCUACCCCUAGUCACAUUUACAACUCUAGAAGAUGCUUUAUCAAUUAGCCCUUCAAUAUUAGUUUUGGAUUCUAAAAAAAAUCCAGAAACCAUUGCUGAGUUUAGGAUCCAAUGCAGUUUAAGGAAGGAAGAAUUUACAUCGGAAUUCAAUGCUCUAAGUAGUGAAAAACAGAAGAGGGUUCUUAGCCUAAUUAAGCGCCAAAUAUCAUUCUAUAGAGAAAUGCCGCAACUAUGUUGGCUUAGGAGAGUUAAACAUAUACCUAACCUGGAUGUUAUGUAUUUUUUAUCCACCAUUUUGAAUAAAGAAGAAACCCAAUCUAUAAUUGCAUUGGAUUUCUUGUACAAUAUUUUACAGGAGCGGCUCCAACAAGAUUCUUACUAUGAUCGCAAUGUAAUAAACACGAUUUCAAAGUCUGCCAUAGCUUACAUAAAUCAAUCAUUUGAUUCUAUUUCACGGGCCAAACUGAAAUUUAAAACUUUUUUGGGUCAAAAAUUGAUUAUCGCAGAAAUUCGCCCAAACAACCCAUUAUCGCACAUAAACCAGUUAGAAAUGGUCGCUUCUAUAAUCUCAAACAUAGAAGCAAAAGGAGAUGAGGUUAAAAGGUCAAGAUGCUUGCUGAUUGUUGAACACAAGGAGAAGUAUUUAUUUGGGUUUACUCCAAAUGUAGAUUCAUCUUUUCCAGACAUUUGGCCAGGAGUUUUCAUGCAAAUAAGCCAGUCAGAUUCAUCAUGCAGCUUUAAUGCAUUAUUGCCAAAUGUGCUAAAAUAUAAGGGGGAUGUUAGAGAUAUAAAAAAGUCGCUAUUUACCAAGUUGGCAAACAGGCUAGGCAGGAAAAGGUAG